CGGAAGCGCCGCCGAGGAGCGUCGCCGGAGCCGGUCCGAAGGGAAGGAGCCGCCGCCGCCACCGCCCGGUCCCGCGCCGCGCGUUCCCCGGAGGCGUCCCGGCAGGGCGAAGAAGCCGCGAGUGGCCGCGGGCCCGUCAGGAGGCGCCUCGGCCGAGGCGGGCUGCAGCAGCAGCAGGUCGGGAGUGCCGCCCGCGGAGCCGCAGCCAUCCGUCGGAGCUCCCGGCGGCGCCUCCCGCUUCGAGGGGCAGGACUCCCGCCAGUGGGCUGGCAACCCCCGCAGGAGGCCCCGGAGGAUGGCGGAGCCCCGCGUGAAGCGGCUGGCCGUGACGCUGAUGGAUGCCACCACAGACAAGGACCCGCUGGUCCAUGAGCAGAUCUUCAGCGCUCUGUGCUGCUUGGGAGAGGCAGAGCCUCAGGAGCUCCUGAAUGCCUGCGAAGAGUACCUGCGGCAGCAUGACAAGCUGGCUUACCCACACCGCAUAAUCAUCCUGAGGGCCAUGGAAGCCGUGGUGCGAAGCAGCGUGGCCCAGAUGGACAACAGCACGGCCAAGAUUGUCAUCUUCUUGGCGUCCAACGAGAUGACCAAGUCCAAGGAUGUUGUCUUGGAGUGGCAGCAGGCAGCCAGCAACGUCCUCGUCGCGGUUGGGAGUCGCUUCAUCAACAAGGUGAUGGAAGAGGUGCUGACCAAGUUCCAGCCGGGAGUCCUGCCUCACUACUUCAUCGUGCGGACGUUUGCCAGCCUCUCUGUGGCCAACGUCUUUGGGAUGGUGCCUUUCCUCCCCUCCGUCCUGGGAACCAUGUUGCCCAUGCUGGGGAUGGCCAAGCAGGACCGCAUGAAAGCCGUCUUCUGCUUCGCUUUGCAGAACUUCAGUGAGAGCGUGCAGGAGUACCUGGCGAACCUGGACCAGGCCCCGGACCCCACGGUGAGGCGAGACACCUUCUCCCAGGAGAUCUUCAGUGCUUACGAAGUGCUCUUCAACAGCUGGCUGCAGAGCCGCGAGGCCGAGCUGAGGCUGGCGGUGGUGGAGGCUCUUGGCCCCAUGAGCCACCUGUUGCCAACCCAGAAGCUGGAGGAGCAGCUGCCUCGCCUCAUCCCGGGCAUGCUUGCCCUGUACAAGAGGCCGGCCGAGGCCUACUACAUCUCCAAGACCCUCUGCCAGAUCUUAGAAGCAUCGGUCAAUAUUGGCAGCCGCACUCUGGACAUGCAGCUGGAUGCGCUUCUCAACACUUUGCAACUCCAGAUCGGUACCCCGCUGGACUCCUCCUUGCCGGUCCAACUGAAGAACCACAAUGAAGUCCUUCGGUGCUUCACAGUGCUGGCUGCCUCCUUCCCGGACCGCUUGCUUGGAUUUCUGCUUCCGAAGCUGGAGUCGGGCAACGAGAGGAUGCGGGUGGGAACCCUGACCAUCCUGCGGCAGAUCAUCAACAGCGCUUCCUCUCAGAUGGAGAUCAAGAAGCCCUUCAUCCUGUCUUCCAUGAAGCUGCCCCUGCAAGACAACAGCAAUAAGGUGAAGUGGGCCAUGGUUCAGGUGAUCAGUGCCAUGGCCCACCACGGGUACUUGGAGCAGCCAGGUGGGGAAGCUGUGAUCGAGUUCCUCGUCCGGCAGUGUGCCCUUCCAGUUGGCCAGGCUUCUCAGCUCCCCCGGCGGCAGUCCCUGGAAACGGAGGACUUGACCGACGCCCAAGUCCGGGACAUCAGCGUGAACACACUCUUCCUCAUCAGCACCACGAUUGACAGGAUGAGUGAGGUUCUGUGGCCUUACCUUCUGGAGUUUGUGACCCCCGUCCACUUGAGCAACGCCCUGACCCCGCUCUGCAGGAGCCUCAUUCACCUGGCAGCUAAGAAGCAAGAGGAGGGGCAGAAGGACUUCCGGCUCCACUCUGACACCCACGCCAAUCUCCCUUCCUCGUGGGCUCUCCUGGCGAGGCUGCUGGUUGUAGCUUCUCAGCCGUACAGAGGGGAGAGCCGUGGGGCAGCUGCCCUGCGCCUGCUGAAUGUCUUGUCCUUCAGCAUCCACCCAGCUCUGGAGUCCUUGUGGAGCAAGAAGGUUCCCGAGUUAGUGGAGCAUCUGGAAGCCAACACGAAGGCGUCCGUAUCCCAGGAGAAAUGGGAAGACACCCUGCUGAAGCUCCUUCAACAAACCCUGAUGACCAUUUCAGACACCUCUUGGACGUGUCAGCUGACCUUGGAAAUGUGCCGGCAGCUUAGCAGCUACAAUGGCUCCUCCGUGGAAAAGAACUUCCUCUACAAAGGUGUUGGAACUGCCUUGGCCGCUUGUGCCAAUAAGGACCUGGUGCGGAAGCUGCUUCAGGAGCUUCUGGAAACUGCCAGAUACCAGGAGGAGGCCGAGCGGGAGGGGCUGGCCUCCUGCCUGGGCCUCUGUGCAGUCAACUACCUGGAUGAGACCCUGGCCAAGCUGGAGGAGUUUGUGAAGUCGGAUGUGUUCAGAAAAUCUGCCGGGCUCUUCAGUAUUUUCAAGGACCGCAGUGACACUGAAGUGGAGAAGGUGAAGAGCAGCCUCAUCCUGUGCUACGGCUACGUGGCCAGGCAUGCCCCGAAAGAGCUGGUGCUGGCCCGGGUAGACGCAGACAUUCUUCGGAACAUCUUCCUCUACUUCAACACCAAGGUUCUGGGAAUAAAGGUAGAAACGAAGGACCUGUCGCUGAAGCUGUGCCUCAUUGAGAGCCUCUCCAUGGUCUGCCAGGCAGUCUGCAGCAGUGCGCAGUCCCAGGACUUCACCUUCUCCCACAAAGCUGAGUUGGUUUCGCAGAUGAUGGACUUCAUCAAGGCCGAGCCCCCCGACGCCUUGAGGACCCCCAUCCGCCAGAGGGCAAUGGCUGCCUGCGUGCACCUGCUCUUCCUGGAGCCCCCCCUUAGUGACGCAGAGACGGCUGAGCUGUUGGACACCUGCCUGGACAGCAUGCUCACCCUCCCGGAGGCAGAAGCCCUGAGGGAGAAGAACGGGCCAGCUCCAGAGGCCAGGCAGAAGGAGACUCUCUGGAGCGACACCCUGGUCUCCCUCAAGGACUUGCUGAGGAGCGUCCUGCAAAGACAGAUGACCCCCCAUGGGCUGCAGACCAUGUUUCAGCACCUGGGCCCCUGGAUUAGGUCCACCAAGGAGCAUGAGCGGGAGCAGGCCGUGGAGCUGGCGGCUGCAGUGCUGGAGUUCUACCGGGAGAAGCUGAACGUCAGUACGGUGGUCCCCUUCUACAACCUGGGCCUGCUGAUGGCGCUCUUCUCCCCUCGCUGCACAGACUCCCUGGCCAGGGUCCGCCAGCAUGCGGUCGACUGCGUGUACGCUCUUCUCUACAUCCAGUUGUGCUACGAAGGGUUUUCUCGAGAUCACCGAGACGAGUCUCUGGAGAAGCUGAAAGCCAUGAAACCAGGCCUGAAGGACCCAGAUGUCAACACCCUCUUCCAGGCCUGCUGCAGCAUUGCCAAGGUCAUUGCUAAGCGCCUGCCUCCGGACCAGCUGCUCAGCCUGCUCCUCUCCAUGUUGGAGGGCCUGGCAGAUCCGGACAGAAACUGCUCACGAGCGGCCGCUGUGAUGAUCAACUCCCUGCUGAAGGAGCGUGGCGCAGUCUUGCUGGAGAAGGUGCCGCAGAUCCUGGAGGUGCUGCAUGACCGGCUGCAGGAGGUGGACGAGGAGCACGUCCGGAAGGCUGCCCAGCAGACCGUCUACAUCCUGGCCUCCCAGCACCAGGCCGCCGUUGUCUCCAGCCUCCUGGGCAACCCUCUGCCCUUGGACAGCUACAGCUGCACCAUGUGGCGGGCGCUGGCUCCCGAGCCCACCCUGGCUUCCCAGGUUUUGCAGCUGCUGCUGGAGAAAGUCAACCGGGACGUCCCGUACAAGGAGACCAAGUCCUUCUUGCGAGGGAGCAGCUCGGAGCGCAUUGCCACCUUCCUCCCCCUGGCUGCCACACGCGCCCUGCAUGAGCUCAUGUCUGUCCCGGAGUCUGGGCCGGCUGUUGUGGGCCUCUACGCGGAGCUUUUUGUGACUCUGCUGCUGCGAGUCAGCUGCACGGUGGGUGUCCAGCCCCCCAAGAACCUGCCAUCCAAGGAAAGGAAGAGCCUCAGCCGUGGGCAGCCCCCGCGGCCUCUCGACCCCUGCAGCUCCGCAGUAGAGACCUUGAAGGCCAUGUUGACGCAGGGGGGCACUGGAAAGGUGGUCCAAGCUGUGGCAGAUGCUGGGGGCUGGGAACUGCUGCACAGUGUGGAGCGGCACCACGAAGGCGCUGCCCUUCUCGCCGGGGCCAUGGCGAAGUACGCGGGACCCAAGCUGUCCCCAAUUGUGAAGAGUCUUGCGCCCAUGCUGAACAGCAUCUAUGACAGCCAGCGGGUCACCACCACGGCCUUCUUUGCAGAGCUUCUCAAGAGUAACGUGGUGAACGACCUGGUCCUCCUCGAAUCCCUGAUGGACAACAUGACUGCCCGCCAGAGGGACCCUUGUGUGGCCGUGCGCAUGCUCGCCCUGCGGGGCUUGGGCAACAUGGCCGUGGGUUCCCCGGGAAAGGUGAGGCAGCACGGCACCCAGCUGCUGGCCUCCAUGAUCAACGGCAUGGACGACAAGGACGACCCCCACAACGCGGUGGCCCUGGAGGCCAUGUCCAGCCUCUCCCGGGUCCUGGCCUUCACGGAGGAGAGGGAUGUCUGCUCCAUGCUGCUUCACAUUGCCAUACGCAUACGGCCUUUUUUUGACAAUGAAAAACCCGAGCUGCGCCACUCGUCCAUCGUCCUCUUUGGGAACCUGACCAGGUUCAGUGCCGGGAGCUGCGAGGACGCCUUCUUCGAGCAGAUCCUGAACGGCCUCGUGACUCUCCUGCUGCACCUGCAGGACCCCAAGGCCGAGGUCGUCAAGGCGUGCAAGUUCGCCCUGCGCAUGUGUGGCCCCAGCAUGGGCUGCCCCCUGCUCUGCGACAUGUUCCAAAACCACCUCCACGAGGACCGGAGCCUGCACUACGGCGAAUUCAUGAACGACGCCUGCAAACACCUGAUGGAGAAUUACCCCGACAUGCUGAGUCGCUUGAUCGCCACCAACCUCUUCUACUUCAAGAGCAACUGGGCUGACAUCCGUGCUGCUGCUCCCAUGUUUGUAGGCUUUCUGGUCCUGCACGUGGACAGAGUGCACUGCCAGCAGCUGGACCUGGACGAGCUCGUGGCAGCCCUGACUGUACUGCUGAAGGACCCGGUGACUGCUGUGCGUGUCAAGGUGGCAGAGACCCUGGGCCGCCUGGUCAGGAUUGUUUGAGGGGCUCUGCUCCUCUGCCUGGGACCCUCCUGGACUUGGGCGGGACCCUCCUUCCCCCCCCCUGCCCGCUGGGGCACACCUCGUCUUCCACAGCCAUUGGGGCCACCAACUGCACACUGCACCCAGCGCCCACCUCAGAGGGAAGAGUUGGGCCAAAGGACUCCUCCCUGGCAGUUGCAGCGUCUCUUGAACUGUGAUUUUAGGUUUUAAAUGGACUUUCUGUGCCAGGCACAGGCAGGGGCCUCUUGGCAGGGGCUGGCUGGUCCAGGCACUAGGGAACAAAACGGUUACAGGGCUGCCAUUUUCACAGGGCUUCCUCGCCUGUUUUUCCUUACACUUGAUCGACCACCCUUUCCCCCCUUCCACACCCCUGCGUUCCUGCCCUCCCACCCCCCAGUGAGCCCUGUGGGGAAGGGGAGGGAGGCUCUCCGCCCAACCCAGCAGCCAUUGGCACGUCUCACUUCCUCUAGGGCGGUAGGAGCUCCCGGGCACUUUCUCCCCCGUAUGGGUUAUGGGGGCUGGCAGACCCCUUCCAGAUCUUCCACUGGUUCAUUCCUUGUUCCUCCCAGCAGGAACCUGUGUGUGUGUGUGUGUACAUAUGAUCAGACCGGUUAUUUUUUAAUAAAGUCGUUUGCU